GUACCGGAAGCAUGGUUGUUAUUAGCCCACUGAGUGAGACAGUAGCAUCCACAGCUCGUGAGCAGGAUUUUAAAAACAAAAACACACGUAGACUCCAUUUAAACAUCUUGUGUCUGUUGCUGAUUCCCGAAGCUGCGACUUCACCUUUUAAUCAUAUUCAACUUCAGGAGGCGCUCGUCCAGCCGUCGUCAUGGGGGAAGUGGAGCUGUCCUGUCGAGCCUACGUGAAGAUGUUCCUUCACGCGUCCCUGUUCCCACGGUGCAGCAUCAACGGGCUGCUGCUGUCGUCCAGCUCGCCAGGGGGCGCUGUGUGCGUGACGGACUGCGUGCCGCUGCUGCACGCUCACCUGCCCCUGGCCCCCAUCACCCAGCUGGCCCUCACACAGGUGGACGUGUGGUGUUCGCAGACGCAGCAGAGGAUUGUGGGAUACUAUCAAGCCAACGCCUGUGUAUCAGAUAGUAGCCCGACGCCCUGUGCACUGAAGAUCGCGGAUAAGAUCGCUGAGCAGUUUGAUAAUGCUGUUCUGUUAAUGCUCGACAGUAGUAAGAUGUCUGCAGACUAUCGGGUUCCUCCCAUCGUGAUGUACGAGCGCAAAGAUUCCAGAUGGCUGCUCAAAGACAAACACACGAUAAUGCUGCGGCAGUGGGAGGAGACUCGGGCGAUAGCCGGUCAGAUGCUGGAGUCGGGCGAUCACAUGCAGCUGGUGGAUUUCGACGGUCACCUGGACGACAUCACGAAGGACUGGACCAAUCAGAAACUGAACACCAAGAUAGCAGAGCUGGCGUCGCCGGCCAACGGGAACAUCUAGAACUGUAGCGCCCGUUUUUACCAGAGUGCGGAUUUAUUUAUGAUCUGACCCGUCGUCCUCUUUAUUUACAAAUGUGAUUUUCUUUUUCUUUCUUUUUUUAUAUAACCUGAAAACACCACACGUUCAACACAAGAGUUUAGGAAGACGUUUAUUUUUAAUGCUUUUUGUCAACUGAACAGAGACAUGAAAUAGAACAAGCUUAAGUAAGAAAAUGUUUACAGAUCGAUAGAUGAUCUGUGUGUAAUCCUUCACCCCACCCCCCCCCCCUCGUCAGACUGUGCCUUGUGGUCCAGACCUGCUGAUCUGAAGGAGAAAUCCACCUUAAAUCCACAUUUAACACUGUUACGCAACAACUGAGGCAUUUCUCUCUUUCUUCUCUCUCUCUCUUUUGCCAUUUGAUUCUCUUACUACUGUUAUUCCCACAGAUAUUACAUGAAGCGGCAGAGCUGGAAAAAAUAUUAGAAACACGUAACAGUACGAAAGUCCUGCAGCGAGUUCUCGUCUGUUGAAGCUCAGAAAUGUGAGUUUUUGUGAGUAGCAGGUGAUGAUUCAGGUUGAAGCUUCAUGAACAUCUGAAUCAAUGCAGUUGAAUCAAACUGGAUUAGUUUUAGCUACGUGUACCUAAUAAACUGCAAACUGAGCAUUUAGCAUCAUGCGGCCCGCUCCUCUAAACUCCUGUUAAGUGACGCAUGUGUUGAAAUUUUACAGACUAUAAAAAAAGAUGUUUUUCUGUGACUCACUCGCGUUGCUGCCUUUUGUCUGAAGUUUGGAAAGUGUAAAGUGUGGUUGCAAAGAGGAAACGUGCCACACAGGAUGUUUUCUUACAAAGUGUCUCAACUCUGAGCUUCAAGUCUGAGCUUCAACAGAGCGGUGUCACCGCAGGGCUGAACUUUUCACUUUAAGGUGUUUCUGUUCUACUGAUCUCGUUAUCCAGAAACCGUCAGAACAGAAACCGACGGUAAAACCUUGUCUGAACCAUGUCAGAGUUCAGUGCAACUUUUAAAACACUAAGAUCAAGUUUAACUCCUCUAUAAUAUUAACGUAGUAAUAACAAUAACUCCUAAAAUGCACUGAAAUGUAGGCUCCUUUUUUCUGCCUGUUUCAUCAACAGUGAAACUUUAUUAAAGGACGACAGUCAAGCUACUUGUA